CUUUUCAUAGCUAUACAACAUGCUCAAGAAGAGCCACAGUGGAUUCCUGCCAGCUGGCUUGCCCCUGACAAACCCUGAUGCACGUCUGUGAGGAUUAAACCCAGGAUUAGACAGCUUGACGGCAAAGCCAAGACUCCUUUCCUACUCUCACACCAUCAGCUCCUUCACCGGGACUCUAGCCUGACAAUAAUGAGAGGAAAACAAUUGAUGCUCAAUGAAUUAUUAAAGUCAUAUAAAGUCAACAAACAGAGUGCUGAUUUUGGGUGCAUAAAGUCCAGACACCAGAGCCAAAAUGCCAAGUGUCAAACACAAGAAAAAGAAAGUCAAGAAAGAGAUCAAUGAAGUGGAGGAACCAGAAGCUGGGACGGAGCCAGCUAUAGAAAUGGAGGGUCUUGAAAGUCGCAGACAGUCUGACAGCAGAGAGCCACUGACCCCUGAACCUCAGGAGAAUCCACCGCAGAGGAAGAAGAAGAAAAAGAAGGCUCAUCCUUUAGAUUAUGAGAGUGAACAACAAGACCUUACAAAUGGAGAUGUUCAAGAUGUUCAUCAUACAGAUGGUGAGGAAGUUGCCAAAAAAACCAAGAGGAAACGAAAGGCCAAGUUGAUGGAGAACCAGCCCCAUAAUGAGCUAGGUGUGGAGGAAGAUGACAUCAUUACGGAUGUGCACGCACCGAUUUCCCAACGAUCUUUAUUCUCUGCACCUGUGGGUCACAGCCAUCCAACCGGAAAAGUGUUUGUAGAAAAGAAUCCAGGGCGAUUCCAGGCCACCAAUCAUUUGGACUUAUCCCCUGACCAGCUGGAGGAGUACAUGGAGGUCAGACCUAUGUGGAAUACACGAGAUGUUGCCAUGAGGGUCCACAGUGGCUUCAGGAUCAUUGGACUCUUCUCUCAUGGAUUUUUGGCGGGGUACGCGGUGUGGAAUAUCAUUGUUGUGUAUGUGUUGGCCGGAGAGCAGCUGACCACACUACCCAACCUACUCCAGCAGUAUCAUAGUCUGGCUUACCCAGCACAGUCUCUGCUCUACCUUCUGCUGGCUAUCAGCACUGUGUCUGCCUUUGACAGGGUGAAUCUGGCUAAAGCCUCCAUGGCUCUUCGAGGAUUUCUCAGUCUUGAUCCUGCGGCUCUUGCUUCCUUCUUGUACUUUGCUGCUCUUAUUCUAUCUCUAAGUCAGCAGAUGACCAGUGAUCGUAUACAUCUCUACCCCACAGCAAACGAGACACUUUGGCCACCAGGUUCAGAACAUCAGAUUCUACAGCCCUGGAUCGUGGUAAACCUGGUUGUAGCUCUGCUAGUUGGACUGGCCUGGGUGUUUGUUGCUACACGACCAGACAUGGACUACACUGAAGAUUUUUUAAUGGCAAUGGAAGUGGAGGAGUUUCCACCCCAUGUUGAGAAAAUUGAGCUCUCCGCCUGAGACUGAUUCAUGUUUUUCAUUUAUCAAUGAUAAGCAAUCAAUAUUUAAAACAUUGAUGGACUGUAAUAAUAUGACAUUUAACACUGUUGUGCUAAAUGUUUUCAAGUAAAUAUUUUGUAUUGUACUUUAUUUUUGAGUUUGUUAUAUAGAUACUUAUUGUGCUAUAUACAAGUAAACAUUUUCGUAAAGUUCCAUGUUGCUUUUUGAUCAUGGUCUUUUAAAU